AUGUAUAGCUUGCUGUACAAAACAACCGCCUGUGUAGCUUUUCUGCUCUGCCUGGUCUGGUACGGCCAGUCUCACUUCUACCGCGAUCCCGGUAGCGUCUUCUUCGACAAGACACGGGCGUACGAGGCCAGUUACUCAACGAUCCGUACAGCCGAAGCCGAACAGACGAUCGGGUCACUUUCCGCCGAAGGGAGUCCUUAUUCCAAGAACGUAUUGUCGAGAAACAAGACACUUUGUCUGGCGCUGAACUCGGUUGCACGGCAGACACAAUAUCUUCCAAUCACAAUAGGGAGCAUCCUUCACGGUCUCUCCGAACAAGAACGUCAAGACAUCGAUAUAUCCGUCCUCAUUGCCGAGACUGACCCGACGCGACAUCCUAACUGGCACGAACUAUGGCUCAAACGAGCAGUCGACCAAGUCUACACCUACAACAAUGAUACCACGAGCAUCGAAUACCUCUCCGAAUUGGAAAAGACCCAAAACUAUCGUGAAAAGGGCGUGUUCGACUAUACCCUUGCUCUCGAACGGUGCUAUGACACAGGCGCUUCGUAUGUAGCUGUGUUCGAGGACGAUAUCCUGCUGGCACGAGGAUGGUUUAUGCGGACUUUGCAAGGCCUAGCAGACAUCGCUAGUAUAGAUUCGGAGCAACACUGGUUAUUUAUGCGAUUGUUCAACCAGGAGAGGUCCAUAGGGUGGGCCUCCCACGAAAUUGGCGGGAACAAUGAGUUCUGGAUUAUUUUCGGUAUCGGUUUAGGAAUCUUGGCCCCCGCAGUAUUCGCACGACGUCGUUGGAGGGCAACUCAGAAGUAUCUCGACCGAGAGAUACUAUUCGUCGUCGUUUUCAUCUUGGCCCCAGGUAUAGUGAUACUAGUGUAUCAAUCUGGUAAAGCGAGUUUGUUUCCACCGUCACCAGGAGUCUUCAACGAGCCUUUUGGAUGUUGCUCGCAGGCUAUGAUCUUCCCACGCCGUCAGGUGCCUCUGAUGAUAUCUGAGCUUCAAAAAAGGCAGAGAGGGCAGGUGGACUUGAUACUGGACGACAUUGCCAUUGGAAAUAAGCUGGAUAGAUAUGCUCUGUACCCAGUUCAAGCGCAGCAUAUUGGUAUCGAUUCAGCGAGAAAGACGACAAAGGAUGAGGCGCAAGCCAUAUGGAGCAUGGCGUUUGAAGAUUUGGACUCUAAAUCCUUGAAGACAGAACACGAGAGAAUGGUCAAAACGUACCAGGAAUUUUGGGAAAAGAUAAGCUAA